AUGGCCGAAUUUCAAGUGGGAAAGUUUCUUUCUGAUUUAGACGAUGUUUACGGUCGAACAGCAAGGAUAACUUGUGUUUCCGAAAGCACAAUUCGGCGCAUAGUGGACGAAGGUAUGCAGAAUGGAGGUAAAAUUGUCACGCCCGGAAAACACAGGCAAGGCCGACCUAAGAAACAGAUCGAUGAUUUCGAUCUAUGUGCCAUUCGUCAAAAAGUACAUUUUUUCUACACAGUGCAGAAAGAAGUACCUACACUAAGGAAACUAUUGGCAGUGGUGAAGGAAGAAUUAAAUUUUGAUGGCAGCCAUGAAUUUUUAAGACAAGUUUUAAUUUCUAUUGACUUUAAAUUUAAGAAAUGCCAAACAAACAGACUGGCUCUCAUAGAGAAACCAGUUAUUGCUUUAAAAUGUGAGUAUUAUUUAAAGCACAUCCUUGAAAACAGAAAAUUACCCAAGGAGCUCCAAAAAGCAUUAUUUAUAUGGAUGAGAGCUACAUACACGAGUCCUACAAAGUUACUAAAUGUUGGCAGUCUAUUAAUAUUUCUGGUGUCCAACAAGAUGUAUCUAAAGGGAAAAGAUGGAUAA